CCCAAAUAAGAAAAAUGGUGGCUUUGCUGCCACACUACUAUGACAUCUGGAUGGAUUUGAUUUGGGACGUUUUGAUAUUUCAGCAACAACAUACAUCAAACCUUUCUUCCACCCAACAAGGAUAAGGCAAGAGAUUUAAUCAUCGGAUUCAUAUUUGGGGCUUUUACCUCUAUCAUUCUCCACAAAGUCCAUAUGUCCGUAAGAAACAAUGCUGGCAAACUGACUGGAACAAUCGAACUAUAAAAUUUGUUUUGGAUUAUGUAAUCCGGCUGUUCCGGAGAAAUAAAAACAUAUUCGGAAUAUGUAUUCCAGAGAGGUACCAUCGAAGUAAGGGUACUUUAGGAAAUUUUUUAAAAUGACGGGUUUAUGAGACAAAACUACGGGUGCAGUAAGAAAUAUCCAGCCUUAUGAAUUUGUCAAGGCCCAACUUGUUUCCACCCCUAACCUAUAUAAGUAUCACAUUGUGAACCCUUCACUUUUAAAAUUGGGUUUAAACCUGCUCUUUUGUGCUGCAAAUUAUCGUCACGUUGCUUUGCAUCAAAGUAAUGCAAAUUUUGCUUGCUGAGUCUGUUAGAUAGGAUUGGGAAUGAAAAGGUCCAGGGAUAAUGUUUACCCGAAUUCACAACACAAACCGCCCAUGGUGUCUUUCAGAGUAGAACCCUCGGAGCAACCACAGAUGACCAGGGGUGUCUCUCAGAAACAAGCCACAGAUGAUGCCUUGGCAUAUCUUAAGGCAGUAAAGUACAUGUUCCAAGAUAAGGGGGAAAAAUAUGAUGACUUUCUCGAAGUCAUGAAGGAUUUCAAGUUUCAAAGAAUUGAUAUAACAGGUGUCACAACAAGAGUCAAGGAGCUGUUUAAAGGGAAGAAAGAUCUAAUAUUGGGAUUUAACACCUUCUUGCCAAAGGGACAUGAAAUUACCCUUUCAUUGGAGGAUGAACAUCCUCCCCAAAAGAAGCCCGUUGAAUUUGAGGAAGCCAUAAAUUUUGUGGGCAAGAUUAAAGUAUUUUUUUAUUUAAUAGUUGAUACAUAUUAUUUGUCUUCCAAUACAUAUCAGAUUGAUUGGGUUCCUUUCAUACAGACUCGUUUUCAAGGCAAUGACCAUGUUUGUAAGUCAUUUUAUGACAUAUUAAAUAUGUACAGAAAGGAAACCAAGCCUAUCUCUGAGGUUUACCAGGAGGUUGCUGGAAUUUUCCAGGACCAUGCAGAUCUUCUUGAGGAAUUUACUCAUUUUCUUCCUGAUAAUUCAGGAACAGCCUCUACUCAAAAUUCUCUCUUUUGUCGCAGGAGCUCUGCAAUGCCAAUAGUGAGGCAAAUGCAUGUUGAAAAGAGAGAAAGGACCAUAACUUCACAUGGUGAUCGUGACCUCAAUGCUGACCAUCGUGAUCCAGAAGUUGGCAGGUGUUUGGUGAAGGCUGAUAAAGAUCAGAGGAGGCAUGAUGUGAAGGAAAAGGAUCGUAGAGAAGAGAGAGUUAAGAGACAGCAGGAAAGGGAUGAUAGAGAUUGUGAUAAUGAUGGUAGUAGGGAGUGUUUAUCUCACAAGCAGAAAUCUGGUUGUAGGGCCGAAGACUCUGGUGCUGAACAGUUGCAUGAUACUGAUGAAAAUUUUGGCAUGCAGCCUAUCACAUCUGCCUCUGAGGAUAUAAGUUAUUUGAAAAGUAUGUGUAGUCCCCUGCUUGGUUACCUAGAAAAAGUCAAGGAGAAAUUACGAAAUCCUGAGGAUUACCAGGAAUUUUUGAAGUGCCUACAUAUCUACAGCAAGGAAAUAAUUAUGAAAGAAGAAUUGCAAUCAUCAGUGUGCAAUUUACUGGGAAAAUACACAGAUCUUUUGGAGGGAUUUAAUGAAUUUUUGACACAAUGUGAGAAGAAUGAAGGAUUCUUUGCUGGUGUCAUGGAUAAAAGACAUGGACCAACAAAACCAAUGAUGGUAGAAGACUGGAAUCAAGAUAGUGAUAGGGAUAACAGGAUGAAAAAAAGGGAUCACAAAUGCAGAGAAAAUGACAAAUCCAAUGCAACUACUCACAAAGAUGUUUCAGUUCCUAAGAUGUCUCUGUAUGCCAGCAAGGAUAAGUAUGCAGUGAAACCUAUAAGUGAGCUGGACCUUUCUGACUUUGAGCAACGCACUCCUAGUUACCGUCUUCUACCAAAAAAUUACCCAAUACCGCCAGCCAGCCAGAAAACAGAACAUGGUGCAGAGGUAUUGAAUGAUCGCUGGGUUUCUGUUAGUUCUGGCUGUGAGAACCAUUCCUUUAAGCACAUGCACAAAAACCAGCAUGAGGAGAGCUUGUUUAGAUGUGAAGAUGACCGGUUUGAACUUGAUAUGUUGUUAGAGUCUGUAAAUGCGACAAUGAAACGAGUUGAAGAGAUCUUAGAAAAGAUAAAUGCUAAUAUAAUUGAAGGAUAUGGUCCAAUUCGUGUGGAGGAGCACUUAACAGCUCUAAAUCUCAGGUGCAUUGAGAGACUAUAUGGUGAUCAUGGGCUUGAAGUAAUUGACGAGCUAAAGAAGAAUGCAUCUUUAGUUUUGCCAGUCAUAUUAACCCGCUUGAAGCAGAAACAGGAUGAGUGGGCAAGGUGUCGUGCUGAUUUUCAUGAAGUUUGGGCUGAAAUAUGUGCAAAGAACUAUCAUAAAUCACUUGAUCCCCAUACUACUUACUCUAAGAAGCAGGAUACAAAAUGCUUGAGCACUAUAGAACUUACUGCUACUACUCCAUCAAGACGUUGUAAAUUUUCCGGUGAGGGAGAACUUGAUUUACCUUCAUUAGAGGAGACAUCAUCAAUAUUUGUCUCACAAGUUGUUGAUCACGAUUCCAAUGAUAUUAUUAGUAGAGCCUUGAAUGUCCCUGAGCGCCCAGAUCGUGCUUGAAGAGUGAGAUUUGAAGUGACGCAAAAGACUUAUGUAUCACCCAAACAAAGGUCACAAUCUAUUACAUAUGACCAAGUGCAACAAAUCAAUGACUUAGAGGACCUCGAAAAACGAGUGUCUAAGUUGCAAGUGAAAAUGCAAAUGCAAAGGGAUAAGGAGCCAUAGGCAGAAGGUUUGGGUGGCCUAAGGGGUAGAAAUAGUUGCAGACCUACGGCUACUCAUAUAGUAGAGGUAGCUAUUUAACCUUAAGGAGUACUAAGUUGCUUAAAUAAUGAAGUACAUGCACUAUAAGUUAUUGUAUAUCUGUACUUAUUUUAUUAGGUAAAUGGAUAAUUUGUUCAUUCGUUUUUUUAGUAUCAAUGAAACUCACUAAGUUGUUAAGGGGAUGGUAUAUAACAUCGAGUCGGAUACAUUACAUAGUUAACCAUUGUCCCAUAAUCAUAAAAUGGUUGUGAUUGAUUUUGAUUUUGAUGGUGAUGCACCUCUUUAGGUCCUAAUUAGUGAUGAUAUAUAGAUUUUCAAUGAUGUAAUAGGUACUUUAGUUACAUAACGAAUCAACUUGAUUGUAUUAUAUGUUUUUCCGUUUUAGUACACACCUAAUCUAUUGAUAAUUUUGUUUCAUGAUCGUAUCUAACACCAACAAAGCUUUAAGACACCUGC